GCUCGUGAGAGGUAUGGCUGGCACACUCGGUCGGAGCGGCUUGCGAAAGCUCCAUUAUGUAUUCGCGACGAGGAACAGACCAACUCCUGCGUGACGCGGCCGGGAGGGUCCCGUGCUGCCCUGUGCGGUGCCGGACCGAUGCGCUCGACACCGGUGCCAACUCCUCAAGCGGCAGCGCCGACAGUUCUGCACUGGUCAUAGUCCCAAAUGCGGGAACAUCAGCCCAAAACGCCGCAACUCUUAUUGUCGUACAGUACAGCGGUCCCGUAGUGGACAAGCGGGCGACCACUCUGCCGUCCAAAUACGAUAGGAAAAGGGAUAUGACCUCUUGGAUUAGCUCCAUGCGCUCAUACUUCGAGGUAUUGCGAACACCGCAGGAAGACCGAAGCAUGAUCAUGGGUACUAAUAUUGAGCCCGUCGUACGGAGUUUCAUCGAAGUCCAAGCUGUUACAUCAGGUUAUGAGAGGAUUGACCUGACCGAGUGGUUGAAAGUGACUCCUGUACGUAGUCUUGAGGACCUCCUCAUCACGCAGUAUCAAGAUAAGCACGCUGCGCUCAAGGCAAGACUGAAGCUUGAGGCCCUCAAGGGCCAAGCGUGGAGGACUUCCAUGCAGGCUUUGGAGCAGCACUUGACUGGUCUGUUCACCACUCCAAACCUGGGAUUGACUGACGUGUCUUGCAUGGAUAUAGUCAUGGGAGUGACCCCUAAAGAAUAUGUCUCCCAACUAGGACUCAAAGACCAUACCACUUGGUUCAUUAGUGCUGAUUGGAAGGACUUCACCUCACAGAUCUAUGACAUUAAACUCAACAAGACUUCUGGUCGACACCCCGAAGCCAAUGGAUUGGCUGAGGAAAUCAACCAGACUGUUAUUCAACUGCUUCGCGCGCUAAUUGUUCCCAAUCAGAACACGUGGGACAAGGAGUUAUACAAAGUGAAAGGGUUGCACAACAACUCCAUUCACUCUGCAACUGGUGUGACACCGAAUCAGCUGCAAUAUGGUUGGCAGCUGCGCAAUCCUCUCUCCUAUUUAUUCCCCCAAAGGUCCCCUGGUCUGACGCCCGGCAUGCUUGGCUACAUUGCCAAGUACGCAUGCCUGCUCAAAGCUGCUAUCGCAGCAAUGAACAAGCGUCAGCAUGCCAUGAUCAAACAUGCUAACAAGUCACGCAAAGAAGCGAACUUCAAAGUAGGGAGUUAUGUCUGGGUCAAAAUGUYUGAGUUUUCCGACGAAGAGGGCGUAUCACGAAAGCUUCUUCCAUUGUACUAUGGCCCUUGGCAGGUUCUUAAGGUGAUUGGGGACAAAUUUGGUCCUUCGUAUGUGAUUGACGUGCCUCCUCAUCUGCACACAUAUCCAGUCUUUCAUGCGUCCAAACUAUUUCCACACAUCGAUGAUGAGACUUUUCCCUUUCGAGAUCCUAUGAUACCCCGUCCUAUCGAUGACGGCCAUGAGAUAGACAGAAUCGUUUCCCAUGAAGGAAGAGGGAGGAACAGACAGUACAAGGUUCACUUCCUCUAUCACCCGCUGAACGAGUUUUUCUGGAUCGACCGGAAAGAGCUGCUAAAGAAUGCUCCACGAGUGGUUAAUGCCUAUGAACGACAGAUCGCUGACGGACAGACUGCUAAGUUUUCUGCAAAACUCACUCCUCACGGUCUUACUAAAUCCCUCUUUCUGAUCUACGCCUACGAUGCAUUUUGUACCGACUCUGAAUGAGUUACUCGCUCGAAGGGACAUCGCUCUUGAGAGGGGGGUAGUGUAAUGACCCGCCAAAACACAGACUGAGAACACUGCUGAUUUCUGGGAUUUGCCACUGGAAUGAAUGCCUUGCUGAGAU